GUGGCAGUAGAGUGAGGCUGACUCUAUUCUUGGUGUUGACUAAUGAUCAGGUGGGUCUAGCAUAAUUUAACAAGAGUGUUUUAACUCCUUUUUGAAUGGGAAUGAUGGAAGAUGACCAUGUUAUUUUGUAUUUUAAAAGGAAUCUGGAAAAAAGAAGGAAGUGGAGCAAGAAUCACUAAUUGGAAGCCAAGAACUGUCUCUGGCAUGCCAGAACAUCUAAUUUGGGCAGGAAGAAUGUCAGUGCUUAAUGACACCCAGUUUUAUCCUCCUUCAUUCCUCCUAGUGGGGAUCCCAGGGCUAGAAGACGUGCACAUCUGGAUUGGAUUUCCAUUUUUAUUUGUGUAUCUCGUUGGGCUCCUGGGGAAUGCUGUUGUUCUGUUUGUGAUCCAGACUGAGAACAGCCUCCAUGAGCCCAUGUACUACUUCCUGGCCAUGUUGGACUCCAUUGACCUGGGCCUCUCCACAGCCACCAUCCCCAAAAUGCUGGGCAUCUUCUGGUUUAGCCUCAGGGAUAUAUCUUUUGGAUGUUGCCUUUCCCAGAUGUUCUUCAUCCACUUCUUCACUGCCAUGGAAAGCAUUGUGCUUGUAGCUAUGGCCUUUGACCGCUACAUUGCCAUUUGUAAACCUCUUCGGUACACCAUGAUCCUCACCAGCAAAAUCAUCAGCAUCUUUGCAGGCAUUGCUAUCCUGAGAAGCCUGUACAUGGUGCUUCCACUAGUGUUUCUCCUCCUUAGGCUGCCCUUCUGUGGGCACCAUAUCAUCCCUCAUAGCUACUGUGAGCACAUGGGCAUUGCCCAUCUGGCCUGUGCCAGCAUCAAAAUGAACAUUAUGUUUGGCCUAGGCAACAUUACCCUCUUAAUAUUGGAUGUGCUUCUUAUUGUCCUGUCCUAUGUCAGGAUCCUCUAUGCUGUUUUCCACUUGUCUUCUUGGGAAGCCAGGCUUAAAGCUCUUAAUACCUGUGGCUCGCAUAUUGUUGUUAUCUUAGCCUUUUUUAUGCCAGCAUUUUUCUCUUUUUUAACACAUCGUUUUGGUCACAAUGUUCCCCAAUAUAUCCACGUCUUCUCAGCCAGUUUGUAUGUGGUUGUGCCCCCAGCCCUCAACCCUGUAAUCUAUGGGGUCAGGACUAAACAGAUUAGGAAACGAGUGCUCCGGAUUUUCUUCAAGAAAGAGAGCUAA